CGUUAUUUAUAUUUCGAUGAAAAACGAUACAUCGGAAUAAAGACACUCGCAUAUCUAGUGUUACGCUUUGUGACGAACUUACUUAUCGUUCUGCAAAUUGAAAGUAUUGCCUUGCUGUCACCGAAAUGCCAAGACACGCUGCCUGGACGACCAUGAUCUUUGCGACAAUAAUCGUUGCCUGUUUACUUGGAUUAAUCGUUGAAACCGCGGCGACGAUAGCUCAACCAAAGGCACCUAAUUUCCAGUAUUUCGAACGGCCUAAAUAUCGCUACCCAUACUAUGAUGAAAAUGGCAGGGGAAAAUUACUCUAUGGUUAUGGAGGACCAGAUUUGUAUCAAUACAAAACUUUCAGUGCCCUUGAGGGAAUUCAUUAAGAUAAGGAGUAUUAAAUUACGCUAUUAAGACAUCUAGUUAAUAAUCAUUCUAUGAGUUGUGAUUAUUAUCAUAUAGGGUGAUCGUUUGUGAAAUGACAUAUAGUACAUACACGAUUUUGCUUCGGAUUACAAGAAAAUGAUUACAUAUAUUCUAUGUUGCACAAUAAUAACAUAUAAUAUGUAACUUUCAAUACUUUGCUUUAUAUCCUUACAUCUUUUCUUGUUAUCAGAAACACAUCGAGUCACGCUAUGGAAUUAAGGAACAUUACAAGAUCAUUUAUUCUCCCAAUCAUAACCAAUUGUAUUUUUAAAUGCAAUCAAUCGAUAUGCUUAAUUACGUUGUAAACAUGUAAACAUUAUGUUUCUUCGCCGCGGAUUAUGAAUCUUUUUGUUCGACAAUACGACUUCUCGAAAGUAGAAACGAGUCUAUGUAUUUAUCUCAAAAGACAAAUUACUUCGUUAGUCAGAUGAAUGAAAAAAUGUGUUAGACAUUAGAAUAUUAUGAUAAAUCGAUGCAGAAGUUACUACAAAUACAAUUACGAGUAAUAUCAUUAAAAUUGAUCGUCUAUGAAAAAUUUGUGGAAUGUGCAUAGCAUUUCUAGAAUCUAUGACGUGUCCAAUAUAAUCAC